CAAGUUGGGGCAUGCCUGUGAGGCAAGUGGGUUUUUUCUACCUCCUACGCUACCAGUUCCUCAAACUAAAACGCCUUUCUUUCGCUGAAAAUCAAGUAGCACCUAACACCAGCUGGCGUGUUUGUCGUGCAGUCACAGUCGCUUCUAGGUGCGUAGCAAUAGUGUGCAAUGUGAACAAAUUGACAAUGUUUGCCGGCAAUAUUUCUUAUUAGAAAAAUAUGACGCGCAUAAUACCACGCCCACCUGUAGUCCUGUGGCAUCUGACAAAGUCCGAAGAAAAGAAGACAGGGGGGUAGGGAGACAGUGCAAGGGAGAGAGAGAAGGGGGAGGAGUAGCAGCGUUUCAAGUCAGGACUUAUCAAAUCUUGAUCCUGAAGCUUUAACCUACCACACUGCAACACUCAAAACUGGUACUUACUCUGUGAUCGGUGUAGGAUAACAAGGAUACAGGAUGUUGAACCUGCCCUCUUGAGACAGGAUGGGGCGGAACCUACUUCCUUCCUGGUGGGAGAUACAGCUUACUACUGAGCCAGCCAUGAUGUAAUUACAACUAUAUGUGGCUGCUGCAAAAUCUUUUCCAGGGGCCGGCCAAGGCUAUGGCAUAAUGUUGGAGAGAGGGAGAGAGAUAGAAACACUCAAGUAAAGAGAGAGAGACAGACAGACAAAUGGCAAGAGAGACGCUAUAUUUAGCAACUCAGUGAGCUGUAGCACACAGGCACAUGGCAAAUAAGUUCCCGUUCAGACAACUUGUUGCUCCCAGGGAUCUGGAUGAAUGAAGCUUCCUGACCACACAUUACUGGUACUUGGGUGAGAAAACCCUUUUGGUACACUUGUUAACUCAACCAGAGAGACAGCUGCACAAGUGUUGGUGGUGGUCGGCCGGUCGCCAUGGCAACACAUCCGCAAGGCAUGCUGGGGCCGAGGAGAUUUGGCCCCAGUGUCAGCCUGACCAACAUAUUCAGAACCUGUGCCAAAGAUCCAUCUGAGACGGUAGCCUCCAGACUGAGGAACAUGGCGGACAUCUUUAUCCAGCACUUUGAGGAACCUCCUGAGAAGAGCGGCCUGGCCACAGAGACUGCAGUCCAGUACUGCCGGGAGGCAGAGGCUCUCUACUACAGUAUGUUGGAGGCCAUCAUUACUGAAGAGAGAAAGAGGCUGGUUGACAAGGAUCUGUCUGGCAUUCUGGGGCAUGACGUGUUCCAGCGUUCCCUAGUAGCCUGCUGUGUGGAGAUGGUUCUGUUCUCCCAUUAUUUCAGGGGUAGCUUCUGUCUGGUCAUCAAGAUCUUCGAGAUUGCACCCUACGACUUUUACAAGGUCAUAGAGCUGAUGCUGCGCUCCGAGGAGGCGUGGCCACCAGCUGUGCCCAGGCACCUGAAGUGGGUGGAGGAGCAGGUGUUGGAGGAACUGGCCUGGAGCAGACAGUCCCCUCUGUGGGACAGCAUCAGAGCUGUCCAGGGCGACCUGCCCACCUGCCUGGAGGUGACGCCCUCACAACACCUGGGCGAUAACACAAACGCCCCUAAUGUCCCCCAAAGGACCACAGGUGACAUUGUAACCCAUGGAGACCCAGGGAUCCCUCAAUCUUCUACUGGUCUCUGUGAUAUGUACAGCUCCCCCCCUGCUGGUUCAAUAAUGACCUCAGACCUCGCCACAUCGGUUAUAGAGCCACAGUCGUCCUCUGUCAUGGUUACGGGCCAGAUAGUGGUCACUAUGGCAGCAGCCACCGUCACUACGAACAAUGGACAAAGUAUCACCAUACCUGUCCAAGUGCAUCUAGGGGGGCUAUUUUUAAUGGGACAGCCCACUACCACACAGCAAGUGCCCAGUAGUACCAUGCAGUCGGCCCAGGCCCAGGGCCUUGACUCGGCCCCAGCCCCAGCCCCAGUCCCAGCUUUAGUCCCAAACACAACCAAACGUCAUGGAGUGGGCUCGCUGUCUCUGUUCCUCCGAAAGGUCUACCUCCUGACCAGCAGGCGCUUGCAGAACGUUUGUCCAAAGCUGAAUAUCUCAGACGAGCUGCGACUGAAGAUCUGGACGUGUUUAGAGCAUUCUCUGGUCCACUACUCUGAGCUAAUGAAAGAUCGCCACCUGAACGUUUUCCUCAUGUGCGCCAUCUUUAUCAUGGCCAAGGUCUCCAAAGAAGACAUUUCCUUCAAGCAUAUCAUGAACAUCUUCAAUGUGCCACAUGCCAGCAAGAAUACACCCAAAGGUGUUAUGACUAAAGGCACAAGCACUGGGACACAAAAGUAUUCCAACAAAGCCAGAGAUGAUUCCAAAUCCAGCUGUGCUGGGUCUGGGGUGUCCUCCAAACCAGAGCAGGGGGAGAGGAGGGCCCUCAUCCACUUCUACAACACCAUCUACAGCACACAUAUGUACAGUUUUGCUGUGCGCUACUCUCCAGAAGCACGGACCAGAGCAGGGGUUGAAACCCCUCCCUAUUCUCCAUUCCCCACCCUGCCAUUGAAAGGUCCUCACAGGCUCCGCCUCCAUCGCUCUUUCUACAUCUCACCCCUCUACGCUGACACCCCCCACUCCCCACCCAGCCACACCCGCAGGGCACUCUACUUUGUAAACAGGAGUUCCCCAGGGUGUCUGCAUGAGAUCAACAACAUGGUCAAGACCGCCACCAGGAGGCGUCCUAGAGCUGUAGAGGCUGGGGUGGAGGAGGAUGAAGAGGAUGGACGGCCCCCAAUGAGGAGGCCCCGGGGGGGGCCCUCAGCCUUGCAGAGACGCCUGGCAGAGCUGGCUGAUGAGCAGGCCCGGAGCAGAGCACAAAGCCAACAUGCCAUUCCACCAAGCAUUCCUCAUGUCUGAACCAGAGGACAUGCUAGUGAGCACUACUUACUGGAAUUUGGACCCAAACAUUACAAUAAAUACAAUAUAAUAUAUGCCGUUAACCUUUCGAGGCAAACUUUUAGCAAAAGGAAAUCGGCGUUAUACACUUUCCAGCACUCCAAAACAUUUUGGUGUUCAAGCAUUAUGAACAAACGAGGGGUUGGGUAUUCUUUGCCUGCGCAUGUCUCUGAACAUCAUCUUAAUUUGAAGUAUACGCUAAUGAAUCAGAUUCUGCAAUUCUGUCUUUUAACCGUACAACUGUUCCUCUGCUUUUAAUUGCACUUACAGACACUGUGAACUUUUGGUCCCACUUCCCUCAGGGAGAUAUGAACUGGCAUUGUUAGGAGCACUUUGUUCUGUUUCCUGAGUGGCGGUGCAGGUUGAGAAGAUAGUAGCCACUAUAGUGUUAAUCGUGCUUUUUCAAUUAUUGUGUUUUCCGCUUUAGAACUGUUCCAGUGUAUUUGCACUAAAUCAAGACAUUUUUACUAUAACUUUGACUUUCAUCUUGCUGUAUUUACGUUUGAAUGAUGUGCCUGUUUUUCUUAAUGGAAAACCUGAUCUUUUGUAGAAUUCUGUAUUACCCAAUCGAAUAGAACAUUUUACAGUCGUAGAAUAAAAAUGCUGGCACUUGAACUCUGUCAGCUGGUGUAUACAGUA